CCCAGAAAACCAUUUAAUAAUCAUUAGUCGGUGAACCACAGGCUUGGCAGAGCUGUUACAUAUGUGUGAGGACUUUAUUCUCAGGCAAUAGUUAGUUCACCAUCUGGUAAGCCCCCCGAAAAUCUAAUUUAAACAAGUAGUGAAGACUUAGCUUAAAUGGUAGUACCCUAGACUUGGCAUUUAUUUUUGAUAGAGCAGAGAUAAAAUAUUUUGAUGGAAAGAAAUCAAUUUUCUGUAACUGAUGAUGUGAAAAUUUUAUUUUCUGGGAAAUUACUUUUAUAUAGCCAUUUAAAAAAUUCAAAGUAUGUUAUUAUGAUUGGUUACAAGAGAAUAAUGUUACAUGUUUAAUUGUAAUAUUUGUCUCCUAUCAUUUUCUUCCCUUUCAAUCAUAAUAAAUGAUUUACAAAACCCAUUUCAAGCAUUAUCUUUUGAAUAAUCUUCAAGAAAUACCUAAUGUUUUCAUUGUCAAAGCUGAGGUGUACUACUAGUGAAAAUGGUAGUUAUUACCUCCUUCUCUUGCACUCAUGCUUUGUCUUCUGUGUUGCUUUGUUUUAUCCUUAUAAAAGGAAGCUGUUUUGGCAAAUUGUAAGUUUCAUAUGUAUGUACGCAUAUUGACACAUAUACAAUAUGUAUAAGUCAUGGGGUUCUCCCAUGAUUUCAUAAUAAGCUCCUUAUAGGUAAGUUGAUUGGACUGUGUCUAAAAUUUUAUUUUGAAUGCUCUAGAUUUCUGUGUGUGUCCUUAAAGUCAAAUACUGCCAUAGCUUAGAAAUGAAUUUAACUCUCAAUUUACAAGAAAAGUUAGUCACAACUUAUAAAGUAAUUGCUUGAAAAAUGUGUUUAUCAGUGGUUGUUUGGACAUUUUUUCCAUAGGAAAAAAAUGCAUGGUAGUCAGGUUCCUGUAACAACACUUGUAACCCAUAAUUGUACUGAAGUAUAAUCCUGAAGAAUUAACCACCAUGGAUAACCAUAUUUCUCUAGAAAAAGGCUUUAAGUAGUCCUGAGAUGCCGAGAACACAUUUCACCCAUCCACCCACCUCCUAGCUGUCAUGGAAUUUGGACGUCACUGCAGAGUCUCUGGGCUGAUUCCAGGGGAGCAAAGGCUUUGGGAAUAUGGAGAGUGAGGAAGCAAAACUGAGACGCUCGCAAAGAACGCCGAAAACUACAUUUCCCAUGAUGCCCCUCUUCUAUACGCAACCUUUACUGGUGACGUCGCUACCAUAGCAACCCUCGAGCCAGCGCUAAGCCGGCCUCGCGCAGAGCUGGCGGUCCCGCUGAUUCUAGGCUGGACCCUACGCGGAGACCACGACAGUGGGGCGGCCGAGCCACGAUGCCCAGUGAAACUCUCUGGGAAAUCGCAAGAGCUGAAGUGGAAAAACGGGGAAGUAAUGGAAGUGAAGGCAAUGGAGUUGAAACUGGAGAAAAGUCUGUUUUCUUCAUUGGCAGUAAAAAUGGGGGAAAGACUACUAUUAUUCUAAGGUGUCUUGACAGGGAUGAGCCACCAAAACCAACCUUAGCCUUGGAAUAUACAUAUGGAAGGAGAGCAAAAGGACAUAACAUACCAAAAGAUAUUGCUCAUUUUUGGGAACUAGGUGGAGGAACCUCUUUACUGGAUUUAAUCAGCAUACCAAUCACAAGUGACACCUUACGGACAUUUUCUAUUGUUCUUGUUUUGGACCUUUCUAAACCUAAUGACCUUUGGCCCACCAUGGAAAAUCUGUUGCAAGCCACAAAACUUCAUGUAGAUAAAGUGAUGAUGAAACUGGGGAAGAAAAAUGCUAAAGCAGUUUCUGAAAUGAGACAGAAGAUAUGGAGCAAUAUGCAGAAGGACCAUCCAGAUCGUGAAUUAAUUGACCCAUUUCCAAUUCCUCUGGUCAUAAUUGGAAGUAAAUACGAUAUUUUUCAGGAUUUUGACUCUGAGAAGAGGAAGGUAAUAUGCAAGACACUUCGAUUUGUUGCACAUUAUUACGGAGCAUCAUUAAUGUUUACCAGUAAAUCAGAAGCUCUAUUACUAAAAAUACGUGGAGUUAUUAACCAGUUGGCAUUUGGCAUUGACAAAAGCAAAUCAACAUGUGUGGAUCAGAAUAAACCACUGUUUGUCACAGCAGGAUUGGAUUCUUUAAGUCAAAUAGGAUCUCCUCCCGUUCCUGACAAUGACAUUGGAAAGUUUCAUGCCCAUUCACCAAUGGAAUUGUGGAAAAAAGUGUAUGAAAAGCUCUUUCCACCAAAGAGUGUCAACACAUUAAAAGAUGUCAAGGACCCUGCAAGAGACCCUCAGUAUGCUGAAAGCGAAGUUGAUGAAAUGAGAAUUCAGAAGGAUCAGGAACUGGAACAGUACAAAAGAAGUUCUUCCAAGUCUUGGAAACAAAUUGAGCUUGGUUCCUGAACCUAAUGCAACUAGAGGGUAUUUAUUUCUUCUUUUCCAAAUACAAGUAAGAUUAUUUUAUUACUUAAUAUUAUAUUAAUAAGUGAGGAAAGUCUACAUGUGUAAUUUGUUAAAGGAAAAGUGGAAUUUCUUGUAUUAGUGCAACUUCUUGCAUACUUUUAACUCUCUUAAAAGGGAAAAAUUUGUAUAAUUACAUGCAAUAUUUUUUUUAAAAUAAAAAAUCUUGCAGGACCUACCUUUAACAUGUUUAAGUAGUGUAUACUUGGUUCAGCGUCUGUAAGUUUCUGUUUAUGUUUUCAGGAAUAUGAAAGCAAGAGCAUUUAGUAACAGUUGUGAGUAUAAGGUUAAGCAUUUAUAUUAGACACAUUCCUUCUCUAAGGAGUUCUCAGCUGUGUCUGGUAAGAAAAGUAGAAUUGGGGUCACUUUCACAGGUGUCAUCAUUUUACUCUAAUUAAUGGUAAGGCACAAGAAGCAUCGGAAGUACUUUUUUAAAAUGCACAUUUCUGAGCAGCAAUCAAGAUGGUGGAAUAGUAGGAAGUGAAGCUCACCUUCUCCCACAAAUACAUCAAAAACACAUCUACAUGUGGAACGAUUCUCACAGAAUAUCUACUGAACACUGGCAGAAGACCUCAGACUGUUGAAAGGGCAAGAAAAUCUCCAGGUAACUUCCAGGUAGGAAAAAAUAAAAUGAGAAAGGAAUCGAGAUGGGACCUGCACCCCUGGGAGGGAGCUAUGAAAGAGGAAAGGUUCCUGCACCCGGGAAAGCCCCUUCACUGGUGGGGAGAUCUGCUGGGACAGAAGGGGAGCUUCAGAGACUCAGAGGAGAAUGCAGCAGCCGGUUUGUGGCAGCCAGAGCAGAGGGAAAACUGCACAGAUGGUCUGUUCAGUGCUGCCGCCCUGCACUCACCAGCCUGAGAUGCAGGUCCACUGGUGCGGGUGGGGACUGGGUGCUGGAACUCGGGCUUUGGAGAUCAGACCCAGGGAGAGGACUGGGGUUGGCUGUGCAGAAACAGCCUGGGGCAGCUGGAAUCUAGUGCGACUGCAACUGAUGGUGUAUGGGGAGGAAGCCUGGGCUGCCUUAGAGGCCAGGCGCCAUUGUUUGGGGGUGCACGAGGGAAGGGGUGGGACCGCCAUUGUAGCCUUUUUCUCUGUGUGCACUCACAGAGGGCAGGACACCACAUGCACGGGCUCCAGGAGCCGCCUGGAGGGAGGCAAGCCACCGCCUCCCUCACAGACUCUAGGAGCAGUCUCCAGCCACCUCUGCUCCUGUCACAUGCUCUGGGGGCACACCAGAGCCACCACUGCUGCCAAGAACCCCAAGACCAGGCACCAGCCGCCGCAUCUGCACACCCCUAUCAAUAAAGGGGAUAACAACCAGCACACACUGAGGAAAGAGUCAACAGGCAUCCAUAAUAAAAACAGGCCUUGCACCCAAUAUAUUAAACUCACACAAGCUACACAGGACAUCCCCACAUAUAAAUAGCUCUCCAAGAUCACAGUAGAUAAUUGUUUCUCCUAAACUCACAGAGUAAGAGAAAUAUAAGUAAAAUGAAGAAGCAGAGGAACCACUCCCAGUUAAAAGACCAAGAGAAUUCCCCUGAAAGAACAAAUAAUGAAACAGACCUCUUUAGUCUAAUAGACAUCAAUUUCAAAAAGGAGAUAAUGAAAAUAAAUACUGAAGGAAUUAAGAAAGGCUAUCAACAGAAAUGCAGAGUACUGUAAAAAGGAACUAGAAACUAUAAAAAGGAACCCAGAAAAAUUAGAAAACUCAUUUGCAGAGAUGAAAGCUGAGCUAAAGGCAAUGAAUAGCAA